GUAUAUAUAAUGUGACAGUGUGAAAGGAUAUUUCACCCGGGAUUCUCAACAAGGCAGGUUGAGGGACUCCAGGGUACUUGUUUAAUGCAGAGGAAACUGGCUUUUCACUUUCCUCAUUUGGUUGUAAAGUCCAUUUUGGGACCUGGAGCCUGAAGAUUUCAAACUGAUUUGGGAGGGAUGAAAUCUCCAAUCCUUGGACCAGGUUUUGGGAAUGGCCAGGAGACUGAUUGGUCAGGUGUGUGUGUGCUUCUUCUAGAGUCAGGACCAGGGUUCUGGGCUCCACCUUCCCGAGAUGUCCAUGUGGGUGCAAGGGAGCAGCCACAAGUGUGCAGGGUGGCACAGAGAUGUCUGAGAGCAGACAGGGUC